AUGGAGAAUAGAGUUAUGUGUUUAGUGAUGGGUUACUUGGUGUUAGGGUUUCUGGUGGCGCAGAGCAGUGCUAUUGAAAAUCCAGGAUGCUACGGCAAUUGCGUGGAUAAAUGUAAGAAAAGCAAAGGUCUUUUUGGGCUUGCCGCAUGUGGCGUUAUAUGCAUAGCUGAAUGUGCAUUCGACAGUCCUUCUUUACAUAGCGUCCCCAAAAACGAUCACUACUUCUGCAAGCUUGGAUGUGCUUCUUCCUUGUGUGCCAGUUUAUUGGAUCAAGAAAACCCAGAUACUGAGAAAGUGGGCGGCUGUGUAGAUUCUUGCUCAGACAGAUGCGCCACGAAUACCUUCUUACCACCUAAUGAGAAUUAG